AACAUGGCUAUUCAAUUUCCAAAACAUUUAAAACCUAUUGAACCACAAGGCUCUAAUCUUUUACAAGAAGAAAGAAAUAAAGCUACUUUUAACUCUAAAGAAUUGACUAAAUACAUUUAUGGCGAGGAUUAUAUUGAGAAAAGAAAUUGUAUCCUUCAAAUUCUUAAAAAUGAUCCUAUUCUCAACGAUAAAUCUCAUCGUUAUUACCAUGGAAGAGAGUUUCGAUUUAAAAAGUCAUUAGCUGCUGCAAAACGCUUUGCAGAGCUUGUAAGAGAAUAUAAUUGGACUGAUGAAGAGUAUGGAAUUGCUGAAUUUCUUUUUGAUGAACCAAGCCCUUUUCGUCUUCAUCGUAGUAUGUUUAUGCCCACUAUUUUAAAUCAAGGAACAGAGGAACAAAAAAAAAUAUAUCUCGAACCUGCAAAAAGAUAUGAAAUUAUCGGCUGUUAUGCCCAAACAGAGCUUGGGCAUGGCUCCAAUGUACGCGGUUUAGAAACGACUGCAACUUAUCAUCCAGAAACGCAAACAUUUGAACUCCAUUCUCCCACAUUAACCUCUUCAAAGUGGUGGAUUGGUGGUCUAGGCACUGCUGCUAACUAUGCUAUUGUUAUGGCGCGGCUUAUGAGUAAUGGAAAAGAUUAUGGACCGCAUCCCUUUAUUGUUCAGAUAAGAAAUUUGGAAAACCAUGAGCCUCUUCAGGGCGUUACGAUAGGUGAUAUCGGCCCUAAAUUUGGUUUUAAUACAGUCGAUAACGGCUUUAUUCUUUUCGACCAUUUCCAUAUAUCACAUAUAGCCAUGUUAGCGCGUUAUUCGCGUAUUAAUAAAACUACUGGAGAAUAUAUCACUCCACCUAAUUCUAAAUUGACAUAUGGUACAAUGGUAUUUGUUCGUGCAAAUAUCGUACUAGAAUCUCGCUAUGUUUUAGCUAGAGCAGCUACAGUUGCGAUCCGUUAUUCUGCUGUUCGUGUUCAGGGCUCUAACACUACUAAUCCAAAGAAAUUUAUCACAGCCGAUGGCUCUAUUAAAACAAUUGAAACACCUGUUUUAGACUAUGUCAUGCAGCAAUAUAGGCUGUUCCCUAUUAUUGCACAAGCUUACGCCUGUCAUUUUACUGGUCAAGAGAUGUAUCGCAUGUAUUACGAAAAUCAGGAAAGGAUGGCACAAGGUGAUUUUUCUUAUUUAGCGGAUCUUCAUGCUUCUUCUUCUGGUCUAAAAAGUUUGACUACGACUUUAGCUGUAUCAGCUAUUGAAGAAUGUAGGCGUGCCUGUGGUGGUCAUGGCUACUCUUUAUCUUCUGGUCUAGGACAAUUUUAUCAAGAUUAUUUACCAAAGGCAACAUGGGAAGGUGAUAAUUAUUUGUUAACACAACAAACUACACGCUAUUUGCUGAAACUAAUGAGAUCUGCUCUUUCGGGUAAACUACAAGAUACUACUUUCUCUUCAGACUAUAUCCUGGAAUAUCUUGCUAACCCUCAAGCCCGCUGUCCUUUUAAAUCUGUACAAGAUCUUAAUAAUCCAGAGGCUUUAUUAGCUGCAUUUAAAUUUCGUGCAGCUUUCUUGAUUGAAAGAGCUGUAGAUGCUAUUGAUCAUGAACAAAGGAGUUGGAAUGAUAUGCUAGUCGAAAUCUAUAGAAUCUCUCGUGCUCACUGUCAGCUUUUGAUGGUCUCUACCUUUAUUAAAACCGUCUUUAAUAAGGAUCAAAAUGGUGUAAUGAAAGCUAAUAUGAGGCAAAUACUUCAACGUGUUGCUAUCUUGUUUUGUUUAUCUACCUUAGAACAGGAGGCUGCUGAUUUUUUGACUUCCAGCUAUCUGUCACCUGAACAAGUCCUCUUGAUUAAACAGUAUAUGAUCACUGUACUUAAAUCAAUUCGUGAUGAUGCUGUUGCACUAGUGGAUGCCUUUGAUUUUCCUGAUUAUCUCUUAAAUUCUGCUUUAGGGGAGAGUGAUGGACGUGUAUAUGAAAAAUUAACAGCAAUGGCUGAAAUGGACCAGCUUAACCAAACUAAAGUGGUUAAUGGAUAUGAAGAAUAUAUUCGCCCACUUAUUCAUAAUGGAAAGAAUAAUUGGAAAAUUGAUCGAAAUGGAGUUGCAAGACUUUAAUAUAAAUAUAUUU